UUUUGAUUGACAGUUGCUAUAGCGACCGGGUCGGUCCGUCGCCAUUUUGUUGGUUGGUUUUUUUUUAAACCCUUUCGCUUCCCGCCCGAAUAAUAAUAAAAAGCCCCAUUGGAGUGAGGCGGGGGUGGCGGCGGCAACCGCGGCGGGGGGAUCCGGGGAGACUGCUGCCGUCGCUGCUGCCGAUCGCGGCCCGGGUCGGGCUGAGAGAGCGGGCUCCCUGAGCGGGGGUGCGAGCGCCGCCGCCGCCGCCGCUUCUGCUGCUGUUCCUGCUGCUGCUGUGGGUGCCGCUGCUGCCGCCGCCGCCGCCGGCGAGCGGGCGGGACCGGUGUGAGUGUGAGGGAGCGUGUGCGAGGGCGAGUGUGCGCGCGGUGAGUGUGCGCGAGUGUCUGUGCGGGAUCGGGGGCGGGCGGUCCGGGCUCUCCUGGCGGAGCCGCCGCCGCCGCCGCUCGGGCCCCGGCGCUCCUCGCUGCGCAGCUUCGGAGCGCGCGCCAUUUUGUGAGAUUUACAAAAAUCCUCGUCGGGAAGAAGCGGCCGGCAGCGGCCGCCGCUCGGCGCCCGGCCUCGCCGCCGCCGCCGCCGCCCUCCGCGCCGGGCCCCGCCGCCGGCUCUCGGGGGCCCGGGGACUGCGGUAUUUGCCGGGGAGGGGCUGUCGCCUCCCCGGCCGCGGGCGCCGCCGGCCCCGCCGGCCGGCCGGGACCCUGAGCCAGCGCGUCUGCGGCGCGGAGCCGGGGACGCCGGGGGCGGAGAGAGGCGGCCGGGGCGGCGCUGGCUGCGGAGGCCGCGGCGGGAGCGCGGCGCGGCGCGGGAGCCGAGGCUGAGACUCACCGGAGGGAGCGGCGCAAGCGCCCCGCCAUCGUCCCGUGUUAUAGUUUUGCCGCUGGACUCUUCCCUCCCUUCCCCCACCCCAUCAGGAUGCUAUGAGACUUGAAGAAGACGAUGCAUACAGGAGGAGAGACUUCAGCAUGCAAACCUUCAUCUGUUCGGCUUGCACCGUCCUUUUCAUUCCAUGCUGCUGGCCUUCAGAUGGCUGGACAGAUGCCCCACUCACAUCAGUACAGUGACCGUCGCCAGCCAAACUUCAGUGACCAGCAGGUUCCUGCCUUAUCAUAUUCUGACCAGAUUCAGCAACCUCUAACUAACCAGGUGAUGCCUGACAUUGUCAUGUUACAGAGGCGGAUGCCCCAAACCUUUCGUGAUCCAGCAACUGCUCCUCUGAGAAAACUUUCUGUCGACUUGAUCAAAACAUAUAAGCAUAUUAAUGAGGUUUACUAUGCAAAAAAGAAACGAAGACACCAACAAGGUCAGGGAGACGAUUCCAGUCACAAGAAGGAGCGCAAGGUUUACAACGAUGGUUACGAUGAUGAUAACUAUGAUUACAUCGUAAAGAACGGAGAAAAGUGGAUGGAUCGCUAUGAAAUUGAUUCCUUGAUAGGCAAAGGUUCAUUUGGACAGGUUGUAAAAGCCUAUGAUCGAGUGGAACAAGAAUGGGUUGCCAUUAAGAUCAUAAAGAACAAGAAAGCGUUUCUGAAUCAAGCCCAGAUCGAAGUGCGGCUGCUUGAGCUCAUGAACAAACAUGACACUGAAAUGAAAUACUACAUAGUGCAUUUGAAACGCCACUUUAUGUUUCGAAACCAUCUUUGUUUAGUUUUUGAAAUGCUGUCCUAUAAUCUCUAUGAUUUGUUGAGGAACACCAAUUUCCGAGGGGUCUCUUUGAACCUAACACGAAAGUUUGCACAGCAGAUGUGCACAGCACUGCUUUUCCUUGCGACUCCAGAACUUAGUAUCAUUCACUGUGACCUAAAGCCUGAGAACAUCCUCCUGUGUAACCCCAAACGGAGUGCAAUCAAAAUUGUUGAUUUUGGCAGUUCCUGUCAGUUGGGGCAGAGGAUAUACCAGUAUAUUCAGAGUCGCUUUUAUCGGUCUCCAGAGGUGCUACUGGGAAUGCCUUAUGAUCUUGCUAUUGACAUGUGGUCCCUUGGAUGUAUCUUGGUUGAAAUGCAUACUGGAGAGCCUCUGUUCAGUGGUGCCAAUGAGGUAGAUCAGAUGAAUAAAAUAGUGGAAGUUUUGGGCAUCCCACCUGCUCAUAUUCUUGACCAAGCACCAAAAGCAAGAAAGUUCUUUGAGAAGUUGCCCGAUGGCACUUGGAACUUAAAGAAGACCAAAGAUGGAAAACGGGAAUACAAACCACCAGGAACCCGGAAACUUCAUAAUAUUCUCGGAGUAGAGACAGGAGGACCUGGUGGACGGCGUGCUGGGGAAUCGGGUCAUACUGUAGCUGACUACUUGAAGUUCAAAGACCUCAUUUUAAGGAUGCUUGAUUAUGACCCCAAAACUCGGAUUCAACCUUAUUAUGCCCUGCAGCACAGUUUUUUCAAGAAAACAGCUGAUGAAGGCACAAACACAAGUAACAGUGUGUCUACCAGCCCUGCGAUGGAGCAGUCUCAGUCUUCAGGCACCACCUCCAGCACAUCGUCCAGCUCAGGUGGAUCCUCGGGAACGAGCAACAGCGGGAGAGCCAGGUCAGACCCAACGCACCAGCAUCGGCACAGCGGAGGACACUUCACGGCUGCUGUCCAGGCCAUGGACUGUGAGACACACAGUCCUCAGGUGCGCCAGCAGUUCCCGGCUCCUCUGGGCUGGUCAGGCACUGAAGCUCCUACACAAGUCACUGUUGAAACUCAUCCUGUUCAAGAAACAACCUUUCAUGUAGCCCCUCAGCCGAAUGCAUUGCAUCAUCACCAUGGAAACAGUUCCCAUCACCACCACCACCACCAUCACCAUCACCACCACCAUGGACAGCAAGCCUUGGGUAACCGGACCAGGCCAAGGGUCUACAAUUCUCCAACAAAUAGCUCCUCUACCCAGGAUUCCAUGGAGGUUGGCCACAGUCACCACUCCAUGACAUCCCUGUCUUCCUCAACGACUUCUUCCUCCACAUCUUCCUCCUCUACUGGUAAUCAAGGCAACCAAGCCUACCAGAACCGCCCAGUGGCUGCUAACGCCUUGGACUUUGGACAGAAUGGAGCUAUGGACGUUAACUUGACCGUCUACUCCAAUCCCCGCCAAGAGACUGGCAUAGCUGGACAUCCGACAUACCAAUUUUCUGCUAACACAGGCCCUGCACAUUACAUGACUGAAGGACACCUGACCAUGAGGCAAGGGGCUGAUAGAGAAGAGUCUCCCAUGACAGGAGUGUGUGUGCAACAGAGUCCUGUAGCUAGCUCGUGACUACAUUGAAACUUGAGUUUGUUUCUUGUGUGUUUUUAUAGAAGUGGUGUUUUUUUCCCAAAAACAAAGUGCAAAGCUGCUUGAAUCAGAAGGAGAUUGACACACUGAACCGCUACCAGAGGGCAAAGCUGACUUUUGUUUUUAACUUGAAAAGAUUGCAAAGGGACAGUGAAGUUUUUAAGAGCCAUGUCCACCUGUCUUCACGGAGAGCUCCGAGGUGCCCUCUUUUUGUCCCCUUUAACCUGCCAUCUCCCUGUCACAGUGGGUUUGUCUUUCUAUCCAACAAAAGUUCAUGUUCAGAUGUUGGUCUUGGUCAUUUGCCAACUAAUUUUAAAAUAAAAAGGCACUGCACAGAAUUUGCAUAAAGGGCCCCAUAAGGGUGUUUUGGUUUUUUCUUUUCUUUUUUUCAUUUUUACAUUUUCUCCUUUUCCCCAUGUUUUGUUUUGGGUUGGGGUAGGGAGGGAGAUUUGGGUUUUCUGUCCUCUACACAUUUGGGCACGAAAUGCAGUACUGUAAGGAAGAGGGCCUCCAGCUCACACAGACACCAUCUUCAGCUGUGUGAGAGGAACAAUUGUGUUGACGUUUGGAAGGCACAGUAAGCAUGCUAAGUGGCGGGGAUCAGGACUCUCCUAUCUGAGCCUACCGAGGAGCAAAGCAGCAAUUCCAUGGGAUCCUGUGGCUCUCCUGUUGGAGAGGCCAUGGGAAGAUAGGAAUGGAACAGGACUGGUCUCCUCAGCAAGGUGCACUGAGAAGCAAACACCGGGUCAGUUGUGGCCAGUCCUGGGGAGGUCUGAGUGGUGGUCUUUGGGAUAACCUUUGGCCUUAUGGAUUUGGACUCGAAGUUAGAAGAGCCUACCAUUUCAGAUACAAUCACUUGCGGACAUGCGUUUGCAGACAGUCCUUAAUGCUGAAAACACAGAGAAUGGGUAAUUCAAGAGGCCUUUCUUUUAAAAUAGACUUUUGUGACCCACUAAUUGUAAGGUAUUGCAAGGUCACUUUGCGUGUGUCAUAAAGCUGACUCCCUAUUGGUUGAAGGCCACAGACGUAGUGGUUUGCUUUGAUGGAAAUAGCUACAGCUGUGUCCUUCCUGCUUUUUAUCUUUUCUUUGGCUUUUUCUCGGCACAUGGUGUCGCCACCAUUUCUUCUGCACAAAGACGUCUUCUGUUCAUCCUGAACAUUUUAAAAUGCAGAAUUUUAUGUGACUGCUUUUUUGCCUCACAAUUAUGCUGUGAAUUUUACAAAAAUUUAUUUUCUUUUUGAUAAUUUAUUGUACCAAAGCUGUUUUUAUAGCACAUAGAUGUCUGUAACCGAUGAUGUAGCAGUCCUGCACUUUGACACAAGGUGUGACUAGACCAUUUUCAAUGUCAGUGGGAAUUAUGGCUGUACUAUUGCUUAAACAAAACUGGAACUGUUGUCGAGUCCAUAGCCGAGACAUCUGCAGCAGUCUGUGGACUGGACAGAAUAGAGUAAACACCUGCCACAUUCUAAAUGCAUUCAGGCUUCUAAAGGGAAAGAGACACUGGAUCCAGACACUGGAGCCAGCAGCUGAUGCUUGUACUCCUGAGUAACUUACUUGUAACUUGAAUGUGAGGUCUUAAUUGAACCAGUAGGUCCACAGUAGGGCAGGAGGCAGGCAGAGCCUGAGCGUGACCUGAAGUGAGCGGGCUGGCAUUAGCAGGUGCCUCCUUGGAGAUAAUGCUGCCUUCAUGUAACACAGUCUGGCAGUGGCUAAAUUUGUGCUCCCAUUUAAAUUGAGCAAUUUUAGGGUGUUACACUCUUAAGCAGUGGGAUUAGGAGAGUGGAGAUAGAGUGAUUUCCCUGUUCAGGACCGCAAGAAACCCGGGAGAGAAGCAGUGACCUACCUCUGCCUGCCGACAGCCCUAUUGGAAGCAGCUCAGCAGAACACCACGUUACUUUUUAUUGGUCAACUCCAUGUGGCUGACUAGGUCAAUUUUUUUUUUCCUGAGCAAAAGCAGGUUUUUAUCUGUAAGCAGUGACAGAAGAAAGGCCUGAAACUCUGUGAAUGUGAGUGGAAACUUGGAGAGCCUGUUUUUUAUAAACACAAAUACUUUGGUUGUUAAUCAGGAAAUCCAUAUUUAUUUUGUAAUUAAAUGUCAAGCCUGUGGAUUGUUUUGAACUUGGUAGUCGAUGAGAGUUUACGUGAAUAAAGGCGUCACCUCGAGUGCAGCUCGGUCAGAAGGGAUGUGGUGGCGGCACCUGCUGCUUAGAAACCCCAACACCACACCAGGUGGCUCAGGUCUUUUUUCUCCCCUGUGCUGGUUGCCACAUUUUAGCAAGCACCAAAAAAGAAAGCAGUUUUUAAGCCGAUCCUUACAUAACGGAAACCACACAAUCCAGUGCUUCUGCAUACUGUGUUAUGUUACAGUCCAGUUUUGUGUGCUUUACUACACAGUUUGGUUACAGGACUUCUGUGCAUUGUAAACAUAAACAGCAUGGAAAAGGUUAAAUACCUGUGUUCAGAUUGUAAGAUCUAGUCCGGACUUGCUGUGUAUAUUGUAACGUUAAAUGAAAAAAGACCCCCUUUGUAUUAUAGUCAUGCGGUCUUAUGUAUGAUAAACAGUUGAAUAAUUUGUCCUCAGA